AUGGAGCUCCAUGUCAAGUUUGAGAGCAAUGGAGAAACCCUUGCUGGUGUCCUCUUCCGUCCUGAUAAUGCCCAGGGAAAGCUGCCCACGGUGGUCUGCGCGGGUGGGUGGUGCUAUACAAAAGAAAUUAUCCUUCCACACAUUGCGAGAAUCGUCAAUGAUGGUGCAGUUCAAGUACUCGCUUUUGAUUACGCCGGAUUUGGAGAGAGUUCAGGCGCACGCCGCCAGCAUCUUGAUCCCUGGCAGCAAAUCUCUGACUAUCGCAACGCCUUGACAUACAUCGAAAGUCGAGACGAUGUGGACCCUUUGCGACUGGGUUGCCUUGGAAUUUCCUACAGCGGCGGCCUUGUGCUAAUCCUGGCGGCUAUCGACCCACGCAUCAAGUCUGUCGUCAGCAUCGUCCCUGUCGUUGAUGGCUUCAACAACUUGCGUCGUGCACAUGAUGAACGGUGUUUCGCGGAUCUUCAAGCGGGAAUUCUGCAAGAUCGAAGAGGUCGUGUGGCUGGCAAGGAAGGCAAGAUCACCAUGGCCUCUCAGACAAGGUAUGAGGAGCUCUCGGUGUGGCCCUUCCCUCGAGUCAAUGAAGUCUUCAUGCAAGACAAAGAGAGCGAAGCCCCGUUACAUGAGCACUGGAGCACCAUGGAAUCGGCUGAGUUGCUAUUGAACUAUUCGGUUUCGCCUUUCCUUUCACGCGUGAUCAACACUAAUGUUAUGAUGAUUGUCGCGGAAGGCGAUUAUAUCACGGCAUGGGACUUGGAAGUGCAAGCAUUCAACCAGAUUAGGUCUCAAGCAAAGCAGCUCGAGAUUCUGUCCGGCGUCAGUCAUAUGAGUUUGUACUCGGAUCGUGCGGACACCAAUAUUGCGGCCGUGCGUGCCAAGGAGUGGUUCUCGUAG